AUGCGUCAUAGUUCUGGGUUUGGAUGGGAUUCUAUGACAAAGAAAUUCACAGCUAGUGAUGAAGUAUGGGAGGAUUAUUUUAAGUCUCACCCUAAACAUGAACAUUAUCGGACUGAUACUUUUGAGGAUUAUGAAGACUUAAGACUUGUAGUUGGGAAUGGAACUGCUACAGGAAAAUACGCAAUUGGACUUGGAGAUGACAUUGAUGCGAGAACCUUUGAAACAGAAGAAAAUGGGGGUACUAACUUAUUAGAUAAUUAUGUGUUUGAUCACAACAGUGGUGAAUUCAUACAAAGCAAUAGGCAAGAAUCUUCAUAUCAGCCUCUAUUUUCUGAGGACCUUGCUUCACCAUUACCAUCUCAACCUAUGAGUUCUGAGGUUCCACAAGCAACUAGAAAACGAGAUAGGAGCGAAUUUGAAGCAAAAUCAAGCACUUCAAAGAAUAUAGACCCAGAUGUUUUAAAUAGGCUCUCUUACACCAUUGAGAAAGCAUCUUCUAAGAUUGAAUUAGUUGGCGUUGCAGAUGAUAACUGUUGGGAUGCUAUAAAACAAGUCCCAAACUUGGAUAAUCGUACUCGUUACAAGGCACUUGACUGGCUCAAUACUAGAGCAAAGAAGGUGGCUUUCUUGAAAAUGACAAUUGAAGAGCGUUUGGAGUGGAUAGAUUUUAAAAUGAGUGAAUGA